AUGUCGACUCUUGAUUUUACUUCAGUGCAUGGCUGGCUGGCCACAUCUAAUCGGUGGAGCAUUAUUCAGGUCUCCAUCCUGGCUAUAGCAUGUUUUGCAGCCUACUGGUUCUGCCUCGUGUUCUAUCGUCUCUUUCUACAUCCGCUUCGGGAUGUGCCAGGACCCAAGGUGGCGGCGGCAACUAGUUGGUAUGAGUUCUAUCAAGAUGUAGUCCUGGACGGGCACUACAUCAAAGAUUAUCCUCGACUACAUGAGCAAUACGGCCCUAUUGUGCGCAUGAGCCCGACCAGAGUCCACAUCAACGACUCGAAAUUCUACCAUAAGGUAUAUUCUACCAGAACCAUGUAUCUCAAGGAGCCUGCCAUGUUCAAGUUCGCCGGCGACCUCGACGCGCUACCAUUUAUCAUGGAUCCUGCGGCGCACAAGAUACGCCGUGGCAUUGUGAGCCCCAUGUUCACUCCCCGCGCUGUGCAAGAGUUUUCGCCAGCCGCUCUUCAAAUCGUCAAAGCUGCCUUGGAAAAGGUGGGAAUAGCACAUGAAUCAGGACUCCCCGUCAGCCUGAGGAAGCUAGAAACGAACUUUGCGAUGGAUAUAAUCAUGAAGUUAUGUUUUGGCAGGGAUAUGAACUGCACCAAAGGAACAAAAGAAACUGCCACCCUCGUCGAGUCGAUGAUAACUCUAUCCCGUAGCUUCAGCCUCAUCAAGCAUUUCCCCAUCCUUGGCACUACCCUGCAAUCGUUCCCCAACGCGAUCCUAGGGCGCAUCAUCCCAGGCUUCGUCGAAUUUCGCGAGCAAUGUGCCAAAUGGGUCACUGAGGUCCGUGAGAGACAUCAAAAUGGCAUCUAUAGCGAUGAGACUGGUCGGCAGACUGUUUUUGACGUUAUACUGGAGGCCGAGCCCCAGCGCAUAACCAAAGGGUUGGUGGACGAGGCAUUCUCCCUUGUCAUCGGCGGUACCGAGACCACCGUGACGACUAUUACAUUCGGUGUAUGGUGCAUCUUGAAGAACCCUGCUGUCCACAAGAAGCUGCUGGAUGAACUCAGCAUGGUGGAGACGAAUAAUGAUGGGUUGAUGGAAUACCGUAACCUGGUCAACUUGCCCUAUCUGACGGCUAUUAUACACGAGACUCUCCGCAUAUCAUCCCCAGCUCCCGGUAUUCUCACACGUCUUGUGCCAGAUGGAGGGACCACAUACGGCGGGUACUUUCUGCCAGAGGGGACAUCUGUCUCGACGGCACAACGUAUGAUACACUACAACCCUGAACUCUUCCCUGAACCUGAAGCCUUCAUCCCGGAAAGAUGGCUAGGGGAAGAUGCACAGGCCUCCAAGGCGAAUCUUAUCCCUUUCGGCAAGGGCCCUCGAAUGUGUGUGGGUAUGAAUCUCUCUUACAUGGAGGCGUAUAUCUUCCUUGGCAACCUUUUCCGUCGCUUCGAAAUCAGCUUGCAUAAUGCAGAACAGACCUCGCUCCGUUGGAAAGAUUAUAUCGCUCUCCAUUUGGAAGAUGAUGUCAUGAUCAAAGUCAAAAGCCUUAGGUGA